CAGAGGAAACAUCUUGAAAUAAGUGCGGUCAUGCUGCACUGUGCCAGCUGCGACAAACCCAUUGUGGAGCGCUUUUUGCUCAAAGUGCUGGACAGACCGUGGCACGUACAGUGCGUGCAGUGCUGCGAGUGUAAAUGCAGGCUGACAGACAAGUGUUUCUCACGAGAAGGCAGGCUCUACUGCAAAAACGACUUCUUCAGGAGGUUUGGAACUAAGUGUGGCGGUUGCGCACAGGGGAUUUUACCCAGCGAUCUGGUGCGCAGAGCGCGCAGCAAAGUGUUCCACCUGAACUGUUUCACCUGCGUGAUCUGUCACAAACAGCUGUCCACGGGAGAGGAACUCUACAUCCUGGACGAAUUCAAAUUUGUUUGUAAAGAUGACUACCAAAACAACAAUGGCAAAGACACAAUCGUCGUGUCAGUGACGACGUGCAGCGACCCGAGUAUGUCUCCGGACUCGCAGGACCCGCAGGAUGACGGCAAGGAUUCGGAAACGGGGCAUUUGUCCGAUAAAGACGUGACGAGCCACAACGAAGGCGACCAGCACAGCGCCGCGGGUAAAAGGCGAGGGCCUCGAACCACCAUCAAAGCUAAGCAGCUGGAGACCCUGAAAGCGGCUUUCGCGGCCACGCCAAAGCCCACCAGACACAUCAGGGAGCAGCUGUCGCGGGAGACCGGCCUCAACAUGAGAGUGAUCCAGGUUUGGUUCCAGAACCGGAGGUCCAAAGAGAGACGCAUGAAGCAGCUGAGCGCCCUGAGCGCGCGGAGGCACGUGCUGUUCCGCGGCCCCAGGAGGAUGAGAGCUCUGGGGGACAGACUGGAUCCGGGAGAGCUCGCUCACUUCUCUUAUUAUGGAGAGUAUCCCGGUGAAUACUACGGAUCAGGAGGAAGUUAUGAAUACUUCCCAGGUCCUCCGUCCUCCCAGGCUCAGACAGCAGCAGACUUGGGCUUUGCAUCCUCCUCCGUCCCUGCGGGGACCCCUUUAGGAGUGCACCACCACCACCAGGGGCGCCACUGUCCCGGAGAGGUGCAGUGUUUCUCUGACAGUGUUUCCCAUCAUGCCACAGACUCACCCAGUCCAGACCCCACUGGACCAGGUUCCAUGCACAGCCUGUCCAGUGAAGCCUUCACCGGCACCACCACUGACAGCGGCUACACCAACCAGCUGUCCCAGCCCUCCUCAGACAUGAGCGAAGGCACUGUGUGGUAACAAACUCAGUUUGAGGGCAAAUCACUGUUUUUUUUUUUUAAUUGACUUGUUUACAAAAUAUUUAUUUAUUUAUUUGCUUUUCAGUAAAAUCCUGCUGCUAAAUCUGUAUGUCUGUGGAAUUGUUUAUUGACUAAACAAUCUCAUAUUGUUCAAGCAAUAAACACAUUUCUGGCACUUGUGCAAAAGUUUUAGGCACAUAAAAAAGCUGUUACAUAUCUUUUUGUAAAUA